AGACAUUAUAAUAAUAUACAACAGAUCCACCAACUUCUGGUUCAACAGCAACCUUAGUCGCCGUCAUGUCAUCCUCAACUUCCAGAAUCAUUCUCUCUUUAAGGAUGCAUCUAUUCACCCACAAGACUAUCUCUCACCAUCUUCACCAUUGUCAAAACAUAUCGAAAACGCUAAAACCGAGAGAGAAAGGAAAACAUGAGGAAUAAAUCCCAAUCAUUCAUCAGCUCAAAGCUUAUAUUCAUUUGUUGCUCAAUCUUGGUGUUGUUCAUUCUCUUCUUGAAAAGAGCAAGCUUCUCUUCCAAUUCAACCGCAACCAUUCGAGACGAAUAUCACCAGAAAUCGAAGUGCCCAUCAACCCCACAACAAUGCACCAAAUUGCCCACUUCUCUAUCCGACGCAUUGGUUCACUAUGUCACCUCAGAGAUCACACCACAACAAACGUUUGAUGAAGUCUCAGUCUCAAAGAGAGUCUUGGACAAGAAGUCUCCUUGUAACUUCCUCGUCUUUGGCUUAGGACACGAUAGCUUGAUGUGGGCAUCUCUCAAUCACGGUGGACGCACUUUGUUCCUCGAGGAAGAUGAAGCUUGGAUUGAGACAGUAACUAAGAAAUUCCCAAACUUGGAAUCCUACCACGUCGUAUACGACACAAAAGUGAAAGAUUCCAACAAGCUUAUGGAGCUAAAGAGAACAGAGGAUUGCAAAGCCGUGUCUGAUCCUAGAGAUUCCAAAUGUGCUCUGUCUCUCAAGGGUUUUCCAGCUGACGUGUACGAGACGCAAUGGGAUGUGAUAAUGGUCGAUGCUCCCACUGGUUACCACGAUGAAGCUCCAGGGAGGAUGAGCGCUAUUUACACUGCGGGUUUAUUGGCUCGUAACCGUUAUGACGGUGGGGAGACUGAUGUUUUCGUUCACGAUAUUAACCGGCCGGUGGAGGACGAGUUCUCGGUGGCGUUCUUGUGUGGAGGGUACAUGAAAGAGCAGCAAGGAAGACUUAGGCAUUUCAACAUCCCUAGCCACCGGGCUAGCUUCGGUACACCGUUUUGUCCGGCGGAUAUCAGUCGCCGCUUUUGAUAUUGUACAAUGAGAGAAAAGUGCAAAGAACAAUAACAAGAAAACUUGGCAAAGGACUUUGAAGUUGCGGAAAUGAGAAUUCGAUAUUGAUCUAGUUUAUUCUAUCAAAUUAGUAAAACUUCAAAUAUACUUUUGCCAUUUUAUGUUUCGUAUGAUACAAUUAAUCAAGAAGAAAAGAGAGAUAUAUUUUAAUACAUACGUUGUGUGUCAAUCUUAUGCCUUUAAGCAUC